AUGGCCCUGUCCCUCUCCCUCCGACGGGCUUUGCCCCAAUUCCCUCCCCUCGGCUUCCUCUCCACCGCCUCCUUCGCCUUGCCCAUCUCCAUCACCAUUCCACCGCUGCUCGCCGACCUCUGGGAGUCCGUCCUCCGCGCCGUGCCGAAGAAGAAGACUUCGCACAUGAAGAAGCGCCACCGUCAAAUGGCCGGCAAGGCCCUGAAGGACGUACAGAAUCUCAACAAGUGCCCCGGCUGCGGUCAAGUCAAGCGGGCCCAUAGGCAUCUUUGUUCCGUGACGCCUGAGGCGCGAAGGCGGAACCAAAGCUUCGCCGAAGUCGCGGGCCCAAACGUCAUAACGGCAGUUGAAGUUGGAUCUGGAACAACACAAUCCCUCCGAGUUGAGGCCAAAUUGAGCAUGUCGAGACAAUUCCUUGCGUGGGGCUCGGCCGACAAUGCGCACCCGGUCGAUAUCUUCUCUCUAGCGGUGACGGAGAAGCAAAUUCUGUCCGCGUCAGGGGCUCCAUCUCUCAAGGUGCAUUCGACCACCGACACAGACUUCCCGCUGGUUCAAUCCAUCGAUGGAGCUCACCCACUUGGCUGCCAUCACAUCGUGACCGAUGAAAGUGGCUCUCGGGCUGUCAGUGCAGGAUUUGCCGGAGAUGUCAAAGCCUGGUCCUGUCAAGAGGGCCAUUGGUCUGCAGAUACCGCGACCUCAGACGUCAGAGCAUGGGCUAUAGCCUUGUCUGCAGAUGGCCGGUAUCUUGCAGGUGUCUCACAGAAUGGUCGUGUUGGUGUAUGGGAUCUAAGCGAGAAUGGUACCCAAAUACGAGACCAUGAGACCAAAGGCAGCUUCGGCACCUGUAUCGACUUGUCUGCCGAUGGCCGUUUUAUUGCCAGCGGCCAUGAGAAUGGUGCUGUCUAUAUCUUCCUUACCGAUACUGGCCGCAUGCCGUUCUCUCUGUCAGGUCUGGUGAAACCCGUCAGGACAGUAGCUUUCUCUCCCGGUGGGAAGAUUCUUGCGGCAGCUGGAGAUUCGAAGGUGAUCGUGCUCUACGAUACCUCUUCUGGUGAACAGAUUGCCAAUCUCUCCGGCCACGCGGCCUGGGUCUUGUCUCUUUCGUGGAGCAGUUCGGGAGAGUAUCUUCUUAGCAGUUCAUUCGAUGGCAAAGUCAAGGUCUGGUCGAUUGACACUAAGAUGUGCGUUGCGACACAGUCUGAGACCGAAAAGGCAGUUUGGAGUGUCAAAUGGCUUCCCAAGACUGCCAGGUCCGAGUGUUUCGCUACUGCAGGUGCUAAUAGAAGCGUCGCAUUCUACCGCGAGGCCACUGGUGGUUGA